ACUCAAAUGUAGUGCCAGCUAUGGUUUCUCAAUAAAUUUAUCUAUAGAACCUAGAAAUUCUCAGUAGUAUUUGUGGAAGUAUACUUCUAGUGCAGUCUUCUGAUUAAUAAGCUGUUGCAUUAUUCACGCAUGCUACUCCACAGGAAAGAUACAACCUAAUGGAAAGUACAAAGUCACUCUUUUUAUAAGCGAAAAAAGACGGUGAUUGGCAGCAUUGCAGUCCGGGUUUCUAAGUGUGAGAAUUUUUCAUUUGGCGAAAAAGAGAUUUCGACUGUACAGGAAUUUAUUUAAUUUUUAAACACAUUAUGUCGAAAUCUCCUGAAGCUAGACAUAUACUUCAUAGUGGAUAUUUCCAUCCUGCACUUCGAAAAUUGCAAACACCCAAUGUUGAAAUUUCGCCGCAUAAUUUGAUGUUUCCAAUAUUUGUUGGGAAUAAUGAGAAACCAAUAGAAGUUAAAAGUAUGCCCGGAAUUGUCCAGUAUGGUGUUAGUAAUAUUGAGGAAUGUUUGAAACCCAUUGUAAACAAGGGUCUGAAGUCGAUAUUGCUAUUUGCUGUUGAGUAUGGAAUUCCAAAGGAUGAGAGAGGAUCAUAUGCAGACUCCCCAAGAAAUCCAGUAAUUCAAGUGUUACCUAAAUUGAGAAGAUGUUUUCCAGAUAUCAUAAUUGCUUGUGAUGUAUGUUUGUGCCCAUAUACAAAUCAUGGGCAUUGUGGGAUUAUAAGCAAGGAUGGAGUAAUCAACAAUGAAGCUAGCAUUGAACGAAUUGCACAAGUCGCAGUAGCAUAUGCAAAAUCAGGAGCACAUAUUGUGGCCCCAUCAGAUAUGAUGGAUGGUCGAAUUGGUGCAAUUAAAAAAUGCCUGAUUGAUGCUGGACUUGGAAACCGUGUCAGUGUACUAUCAUAUGCUGCCAAAUUUGCUUCUGGUUUCUAUGGUCCAUUUCGAGAUGUCACUAAAUCUGCACCUUUAUUUAGUGAUCGCAAGUGUUAUCAGCUUCCACCUGGGAGCAAAGGACUUGCUACUCGAGCUGCUUUACGAGAUGUAACCGAAGGUUGUGAUAUGCUGAUGGUGAAGCCUGGACUUUCAUAUCUUGAUAUUGUCAAGCAAACCAAAGAUACACAUCCAGAAUACCCAUUGUUUGUGUAUCAGGUAUCUGGUGAAUAUGCAAUGCUAUACCAUGCUGCUAAAGCUGGUGCCAUUGAUCUUCGAGGAGUUCUGGAAGAAAUCUUACUUUCAAUGAGGAGAGCUGGUGCUGACUGCAUUAUCACAUACUUCACACCUGUUAUAUUAGAUUGGUUACAAAUUAGAAGCAAAUAUUAACAUAUCAAUGUACAAUAUGUACAACAUUUCUAGACUGUAACAAUGCCAUGACAACAUGGAAUAGCCACCAAAUAUAAAGAAAAACAUUCAGUUUGGACAUCUUUUAUCACACCUCAGAUCACAGGUGCAAAUUUAUCUUGUUAUUUAUUUGUAUAACAUGAUCUCCAGUGUUGCUUCUGUUAUGUCAGCCAGGACUGAAGUGGAUAAGUAAGUGUUCUCAGCAAGCCUGAACAAUCCUGGUUACAUUUUGUAGGUAACAGGUAUUGUUUUCCUGGUACGUGACAAAUUAUGAGAGUUUCAGUUAUGUUUUAGAUUAAUUGGAAGUGGGUGCUAAAUACAGUCUUUUUGAUCAUAGACAUGUCAAAACUGACUAUUGGCAAAAUGGUGUAGUGAAGUUACUAGUUUUAAGUAUGGAUAUUGGUAUAUGUAACUGUUAGAACAUUUGGGUAUAAUUGAAGUACUUAAUAUAUGUAGAAUAUAGUUAUAGUUUUUUUAAACUCACCUUAAAAUUAUAUUUUUAAAAAUGGUUUUAAUCAUUUUAAACAGCACGGGAUCUUUUGAUGUGGGCUGUCCAGAAUAUAGGCCUGUGCAAGUUGAUGUACUGACUACUGUAAGAUGUGUAAUGGAUUGAUGGGUUAAAACACAUUCUUGUGCACAUAAUAUUUCAUAUCAAAUGAAAUGAAUAAGAUUCUGUAAUUGUAUGAGUGUACAUUAAAUUUCAGGACCUGGUUCUUUAUCUGUUUUGCCCUGUUGCAGUUGAAAUAAAAUGACAUGCUGGCAUCCCUU